AUGCAGGUGAUCGACAAGAGCGCGGGCCACCUAACCAACUUCGAGGUGGCCUCGCUCCUGCAGCGGCAGGUUCGCGAGCGGAGAGCGGCCGAGCGCAAGAUGCCGCUGCCGGGUGCGCGCCGCUCGGUGUCGGGCUCCUGCCGCUCGCUGCAGGACGUCGAGGUGAUCACCGAGCAGGCGACUGGCUACCUGGACAAGGCGGCGUGUGCGGCGCAGUCCCGCGAGGGCAUCGCCCGCUUCGUCGAGGCGCUGCAGCGCUUCCAGCUCACGCGCGCAGAGGAGCUCAUGCUCAUCAACUCGCGGCCGCGCUCCCUCGUCGAGCUGCACCUGAUCGUGGAGGAGUGCGAGGAGCGGAUGCAGGAGGAGGAGAUGCAGGAGCUCCUCAGCCUGUGCGCGGUCCUGGACUCGCCCGUCGGCGAAGCCGCAGCAUCGUAG